UCAACAUCUCCUUAGUCAUGCUCAAGAGCCAGGAAUAUAAAUAGACAUCAGCUUCAUCUUUGGCUCUUUUUUCCUCCGCAUGCAAGUUUGUCAGACCUUUUUUUUACCCAGAAACAGGAAGAGACACCGAGCAACGAUAUUAUGUAACCUGUAUCCUGUAUUUCUUCAACUGGACGAUUAAUACACCCGACCCGGGUCAGGAAGCCAUUUCUUCUGUUUCUAUUCUUGAGACUGCCCUGUGUUCUGGACUCACUCGAGGUCAGAUCGCAGCAAAAUGUCUGAAGAUGUCACCUACACUGAGGUGAAGUUCAAAAAACCAAAGACCAAAGGAGAAGUUUCCUCAUCAAAUGAAACCACAUACGCUGAAGUUAAUUUUUCAAAAUCCCGUCUGCCAGUUGACGUGAAAAACAGCUCAACACGGCUUCCAGAAGUCAGUGUUUUCACACCAUGUGCUGCAGCCUCUGCAAACGGUGGCCAACGACCAGCUGAGCCGGGCAGGAGGUCGAAGGUCACCUCACAGCUGGUGGUGCUGCUGGUUCUGAGCGUCCUCCUGUGUGCCACCGCCGUCCCACUCGGACUCCUCUUUUUUCGCAAUGCAGAAAUGGGGAAAAACAUCACAUCUGUGGAUUUGGCUCAAAAUCUAACAGAUGAGACAUAUCUGCGGUGUGAUGAAGGCUGGGAGCAGCAUGCGGGCUGGUGUUAUUCCUUCAACACUAUGCUUUUGUCCUGGAUGGGGGCCAGAGACGAGUGUCGGCAAAAAGGAGGAUACCUGGUGAAGAUAGACAGCAGGGAGGAGCAGGAGUUCCUGGAGAAGCGCCUGAGGGAGGAAAUGAAGGAGCCAGAGGACAAGUUCUGGAUCGGGCUGACGGACUCGGAGGAAGAGGGUCGCUGGUUGUGGGUGGACGGAUCUCCUCUGAAUGAAAGUUUGACUUUUUGGAGCCAAAAAGAACCGGACAACUGGAACGACGAAAGUCAUGAAGGGGAAGACUGUGUGAGGAUGGGGGAGAAAGGGGGAGCCUUGGAGCUGAAGUGCUGGUUUGAUAAAUCCUGCAAAUUGCCUCACAAAAGCAUCUGUGAGAAAGCACCUCGAGUCCUAACGAGCUCGUCGGUGUGAAGCCUCAGAAUCCAGAAGGACACUUUCAGCUGGAUCCUGAGAGGUGAAAUGAGGCGGCCGCUUGUUUUCAGUGUGUGAAUUUCACUUAGUAAUCUUUAAAUGAAUAAUUCUAUCUCAUAUAGUUAGAAUCAUAAUAAAGAGGCAUGAAACGGGUCACAUGACCACAGUUUAGUUAAUGGUGCCACCAAUUAGAGGAGAUGAUACAACCCAAACUGUUCUGUUUGGUCUGAGAGGUCACGCAGUAAUUGUGACUGCUUUUACUUGACAUUCUGUAUUAUUUCUUUUUUUUUUGUUGCACAGAUGUUAAUUAUAUCGUCAUUAAAAGCAUCACAUGGACCG